AAUAAUAACAAAUAUUGUUUUUAUAUCACAAAACCUGCUGUUGUGAGUUAACUGUGAUAGUUAGAAGUAUGUCCUCUGGGAUCUUUUUGUAGGUGACUAAUACAUAAUUACAUAAUUUUUGUGUAUAUUAUAGGCAAAAUUUAGCUACUUUGGUUUACAUUAUUGCAAUUUACUUAUAGAUCUCUAGUUUUUUUUUAGAUAAAUCAUAGCGUUUUUUUCUUUGUGAAAGUUUUUCCAAGAAAUGGUUAAAAUCGGUCCAGUAUUUUCAGAGUCUAUUGUGUGCAAACAAACUAAAAAACUUGCUAAUGAAUUUUAGCAUGGCGGGUGAAUAGCAUUUGGCAUAUAGCUGUGGCAACAAAUAACAUAGCCCACUCUAGCAAUUUCGAUUUCUGCCUUAUGAAAAAAUGUAUUUAAAUUUUAAUGUUUCCCACCGCGUGGGCAGUCGAGUGUACGAUAAUAAUAUUAUAUUGACCCCAGUGACAUUACUUAAUUGGCUUAGCUAAUGUUACGUUUUUCAAUCAUAAUUCUCUGUUCACUAGUUAUGAGUUUAAUUUAACGUGUGACAUGACCUUGAACAGCGUUAGAGUAGAGCGCAUUGGAUUCACAAUACGGGGUGCAGUAGUAGUAGUGCGGCAUGCUGCACUGCUGCGCCGGUGUGCAGUAUCCUCAGAUAAAGUUGAAGUUUAAUGAGUACGUGAUGGUUUUCGCGCCAAAACAAACGCAGUGUUAUAAGUGCACUGCCAUAAUGUGACAGUCACUUUCCGCUCUCUCGCCGCCACCCAUCUCGAUCUUGUCAUGUUGUCCUCCUCUGAAUCUGAUCCGUCGCAAAAACUGCGCAGUCUGCAACAGCACGUGAACGUGCCGCUGAACUUUGGAUGCGGCUUUUGCUUAUAGCCGCGUGCCGUAUCGACUGCGUACAUAAUCGCUCGUGUGCGUGAAUCAAUCGCAGAAAUAAUAAUGUAGGACGAUCACGUAGUCCUACCCAAGUAUCAAUCACUUUGGAAACUGAAGAUAGUGUGUGAGUGCGCGGCUAUCGCAACCGCGGCGCGGGGUGGCGGGGGGCGGCGCCGCGCGCGCCGGCCGCCAGUCGCCGCAGCGAUGUGCCACGCGGUGGUCCUGGGCGUGCUGUUUUCCCUGCCGUCGUAUCUUUACUCGGCAGUUCCGUUCAGGAAGGCGCGGCGCAAGGAGCGCGACGGCGAGGCGGCCGGCGACCCCAAGCUGUACCUGCAGGAGGCGCUGCUGGAGCGCAAGCUGCCCGAGCUCGACAUGCGCCAGCUGGUGGAGCUGCCGCACGGCCUGGACUACAACGAGUGGCUCGCGUCGCACACGCUGGCGCUGUUCGAGCACGUGAACCUGCUGUACGGCGCCGUGUCGGAGUUCUGCUCGGCGCGCGCGCCCGCCUGCGCCGACAUGUCGGGCCCGGGCGGCCGCAGCUACGCGUGGUACGACGAGCGCGGCAAGAAGUCGCGCGUGGCGGCGCCGCAGUACGUGGACUACGUCAUGACCUACACGCAGAAGACCGUCAACGACGAGACCAUUUUCCCCACAAAAUACGCGAACGAGUUCCCGGCCGGCUUCGGCGGCGUGGUGCGGCGCGUGGCGCGCCUGCUGUUCCACGUGGUGGCGCACCUGUACGCCGCGCACUUCCGCGAGCUGGCCCUGCUGCGCCUGCACGCGCACCUGCACCUCACCUUCGCGCACCUCACGGCGCUCGACCGCCGCUUCGCGCUGCUCGACCCCAAGGAGACCGAGGUGCUGCGCGACCUGGAGGUGGCGCUGCGGCUGGCCGAGCCGGCGGGCGAGGCGGGCGCCGACGACGCGUCGCCGCGCCGCUCGCCCGUCGUCACGCAGCCGCUGUCGUCGGCGUGACCGCCGCCGCGCCGCCGCCGCGCCGCGCGCUGGGUACUUAAGAGUCGCGAGGCGGCCGCGCGCCCGCCGCGAGCCCGUCUCGCAACUUGAAGACUUGUUAACUCUAUUGUAAAUAUUUCGAUCUGUUAAGUAGUUUUAGGUGAUUACGAUUAGUUUAUAACUUUGUGAUUGCUUUGGUUGUAAAUAAAAGUGAUAUUUGUUUAACUAAUAAACUGAAAGCUUUA